AUGUGCCUUCGAAGGGACGACUGGUGGUUCCAUCAUGUUAACAACUGCGACCAGUUUCCUCCCGCUCCAGGGGACUUUUUGGAGCUGCCGGCUGGGGGAACGUUCACCGUCGAACACGCUGUCAAUCAAGCUUAUACCUCGCUCUCAUUUGGUGGGAGAAACACCGGGGAUUGGGUGAACGGUGAAGCUGUUCCAAACCUCGGCGACUCUAAUCGCGCAGCAGACGGCGAGAUGCCUUGUAUUGGAAAUCCCAACCUCCAUACGCAGAAUGAAUCUAUGGCUGCGGGAACCGCCUUCGCAAUCUCAUAUGAGUCGGAUAUCACCCGAGUCACCCCGGAGAACCUCGUUAUCUUCACUGUUGCGUAUAACACACCCUGGAGGCGAGUAGCAACGUACUCCGUGCCGGCCGCAAUGCCAGCUUGCCCUCCCGAUGGGUGUAUCUGUGGCUGGGGCUGGGUGAGUCUAAAAGUCUGUCUCGAGGCUCGUAACUAA